ACUAAGAACUUCGACUUCCGCCGAAAGUGGGACAAAGAUGAAUAUGAGAAACUUGCAGAGAAGCGGCUCACAGAAGAGAGAGAAAAGAAAGAUGGCAAACCAGCUCAGCCCGUCAAAAGGGAACUUCUUCGGCACCGAGACUACAAAGUGGACCUGGAAUCGAAGCUGGGGAAAACCAUCGUCAUCACCAAAACUACCCCUCAGUCAGAGAUGGGAGGGUAUUACUGUAAUGUAUGCGACUGUGUGGUGAAAGACUCCAUUAACUUCUUGGAUCACAUCAAUGGCAAAAAACACCAGAGAAAUCUGGGCAUGUCCAUGCGGGUGGAGCGCUCCACACUGGACCAGGUGAAGAAACGCUUUGAGGUGAACAAGAAGAAGAUGGAGGAGAAGCAGAAGGACUAUGACUUUGAGGAGAGGAUGAAGGAACUCCGUGAGGAGGAGGAGAAGGCCAAAGCCUACAAGAAGGAGAAGCAGAGAGAGAAGAAAAGGCGGGCGGAGGAAGAUUUGACAUUUGAAGAGGACGAUGAAAUGGCAGCUGUGAUGGGUUUCUCUGGUUUCGGUUCAACCAAAAAGAAUCACUGAGCAGCUCUGGACUCUUUCCUGAAACAGAUUGUUUUUACCCAGGGGACUCUGGAUAUCUCUUAAAAGACUUGAUUGAAGACUUGUAUGUAAAUCUCCCAGUAGAAGUUGGCUGGAGCAGUCGAAAAGUGAUUCCAUGCGCUACCUGUGCUGCAGAACAAGCUCCGCCUGUCAUUAGCUUCCCAUCUCCUUUCUCUGUCCUAGAUCUGGCUGCUCAUCACUGCUCUAUGGCCUUGUGUGUGCAGGGAAGUGUUCUGCUUGGGUAUGUUUUUGUGUCAAUAAAGCGCAACAGUUCUGUACAGAUGGCCUGGUUUAGGAUUAAUCUAGUUGUCAACCAGGCAUUGUUGUUCCAGGCCCUAAUUGUUCUAGUUGUCAACCAGGCUGUGUGUGUGAGACGCAGGGAGUGACUCAAUUUCUUUUUGGAUCAUGUAACUGAAGGAAACGUGCCACAGCGAGCGGUGUUAAGCGGUACAACCUGCAUCUUUAU